AUGAUGGAAGAAACCGGUGAAGAGCUUGCGAAUUUGACUCCGAUGCGGGUGCGGCAAGACAGCGUACAGUCAACUAUUGCUGAUUAUUUGGCUCAUGAAGCGAUACGUUCUUCACAGUCAGAUCUUUUGGAAUCAGAUGGUAUAAUUGAUGGAGUUAACGUAUCUGCGUAUUUUGAACGUCCGAGUACUUCCGCAUCAGCUGUUGGAGAAACUAACGACGAUUUGGAAUUUAAUGAGCCACUGGAACGAUUCAUGCGCAAUGAAAUUGCCUACAAUGAGUUCAUGCAAAUGACAGGUGGUGUUGGAUUAGAUGAAGAAGAAGCAGAUUAUGAUGUUAGCGAAGGUGCUGUUGAGUGUAAUAAAAGAUCACGGAUUCAAUUUGCGUCACAAAGCCAAAUUGUUGGGAUCGACGUUGAAAAUGAAGCAGCUGAUGAUGGAUACGAUGUAUUUGCUGAAUCUGAAGAAUUACCGAGUACAUCAUUCACCAAUGAAUCGCCUAUUUCAAAAAUAGCGCCACACGAACGAUCUUUAGAGGAGGUUGAUGAAGAUCGGUUAUUGGGCAUACCAUUGGAACUCAGAAAUAGUGAAUCAUUUGGUGAAACAGUUCCGGGAGCGAAAGUUGUUGGAAUUGGUGGAGAAAGACGAAUGAAAACAAACAAGACUUUGGAUGCUUUGAUCGGACAGGCAAAUGUUAUUUACGCGAAGGGACAAACAAAAGAAGCAUUAACUAUGCUGUUGGAGGUAAUCAGACAAGAACCGCGUAAUCCGGAACCAUACCGACAGGUAGCUGAUAUCUACAAUGAUUUAAAUCGGCCUCAAAAAUCAUUACAGUAUGGUUUGUUGGCUGCUCAUUUAAACGGUAAUCGUACAUCUGCUGUAGAGUGGGCAGAUUUGGGUGAUUAUGCUUUGAAAUUGAAUAAAAAUGAAGAAGCUGCUGCAUGUUAUGGAAGAGCAAUACGAGCUGAUUCGUCCAAUCAUUUUUACUAUGAAAAAAGGAUUGAUGCACUUGAGAAAGCUGGGCUCAAUGUUCUUGCAAUGCGAACACGAUUUAUGGCAGCGCAGUCAGUUGACAGAGGGCAGGUGGAUUUCGAAUGGUUUAGGAAUAUGAUAACAAUUGCUGCGGAUCAUUACAUCAAAAUGAAUGAUGAAGAAAAAGCAGUAGCAGCGUUAGAAACAUUCGUUCUCCGUAGUCGUGAAUAUAAUCGUGAUGCCAGUGAACAGCAUAAAACUGUCGUCCGCUUGCUGAUGAAUAGCCAUCGUUUCGAAGAUGCAGCAAAGUCUGUUUUCGCCCUCUGUCCUGGAAUUACAGCUCUCGAUGAUAUGGGGCGUUUCGCUGUUGAGAUUAAAUACAACAAUGCAAGUUAUACAGUGAAACCAUUUCCUCCCGAAAAAGUGCAUCGUUUUGUUGUUGGUGAAAGCUUGCCAACAGUUUUCUUGGCGCGUCUCGUCAUAUGUUUCAUCAGACUCGGUCGUAAAGAUCUGGCUCCGACUCUCGUAGACAAGCUUUUUGAAAGGGUUAUUCUUCCGCAAGACCAACAAGUCUAUUUGGACAUAGCACGUGCUUACCAUGCUGUCGACUGUGUAGCACACGCCCAAAAAUAUAUGGAACAUUUGUUGGCCCGUCCACACUUUCUAGAUGUUGCUGAAGCGUGGUACCUCUACGGUCUUUUUCUUUUUAUUCGUAAAAGAUAUGAAGAAGCAUGUAAAGCUUAUCAGCAUGCAUUGGAUUUGCAACCGUCACAUGUUGAUGCACGUAUCAAUUAUUCAACAAUUCAGCAAAGACUGGGUAUGGUUGAUGAGGCGUUUGAAACCUUGCGUGAGUAUGUAUUGGAUGCUGGAAGUAGUUUACCGGCAAUACGUCAAGCGGAUUUUCUGUUUGAACGCAAACGAAUGGAUGAAUUUGCUCGUUGCGUUCGAAUGUUGCUUGCUCCUCAUUUUUACGAAAUUUACUUGAAUAAUAUGGCUUUGUUAAAGAAGAGAUUACCAACGAGCGAAAGAGGAACUGUUUGUCACGGUAUUCGUGUACAAGCAUUCAACGCAGUGCGUGGUUCAGCAUUCGAAAAGUAUGUGAAACGUGUAGGACAACUUGCAGCAGCGGAAGAGCGAGCGCCGAGCGAGAUUACAAGUACACAGCUACAUGAUUACUGCUUCAAAUUAUUGGAAACACUGCUGCAGCAAAAGAGGUGCUUGGAUGCCUUGCAUGUCUGUUGCUUUGCUUAUUUACAACCACUCAUCAGCAAAAAUACUAAGACUAUGGAAACAUUCCAGAAUCUUUUGCUGUACUGUUCAAUACGAUCACAUGUUUGGCCACUGGCAUUCGAAUAUCUGCGAUGGUUUCAUACACUUUCUGUGAACAAUAAUCCGCUCUUGUUGCCGUCGGAUCGUGACUUGCUUUUGACCCGUAUUUUCAAUGCUAUGAAUUUUGUCUUCUGUCAUUCUCAGAAUGUUAGCUAUCACCGAUAUAUAAUGAGAGCACUGGCACGCUCUCCAGGCAAUUUAGCGCUUCAAAUGAUUUCUGGAAAUAAUUCCUUGAUUACUGGUGCAUAUCGUCAUGCUCUUGGUGAAUAUCUACAUGUCUGGAAACUAGUUCCAGAUAAUCCACUUGUUUGCAUGCUUAUUGGCCUUACGUUUGUACACAUGUCCUGCAAAAAAGAUAUUUUCAGUCGUCAUAUGGUAGCACUGAGAGGACUGGCAUUCAUGAAUCGUUAUCAGCAACUGCGUGGUGAUAAUCAGGAAACAUACUACAACAUUGGACGCAUGUUUCAUCAAAUGAACAUUUUGCCUUUGGCCAUGUAUUUUUACGGAAAAUGUUUGAAAAUUGAUAUUCCGAAAGUUGUAGUUACUGAUGAAGCUACAGGCGACGAAUGUGCAGUGGAAGCUGAAGAGUACGAUCUUCGACCAAUGGCUGCACAUAAUUUAGCAUUGAUCUAUUUGGCUAGUGGAAACCAUUAUGUUGCGAGGAAUUUAUUAGAAAGAUAUUGCUGCAUAGAAUGA